GACAAGUUAUAAACCACAAGUACUCGUCGUUGUGUUAUUAGAGAGAGAGAGAGAGACGAAAGGAGGAAGGUAUAGCUAGAUAGCGAAUUGAAAAAUAUUAUCGUCUUCCACUCAGAUGACGACCGACGGCAGCAACGGUAAUGCAGUCCCUGCUUCUCCUUCUCGGAGGUUGGAAGGCAAGGUAGCUUUCAUUACCGGCGGCGCUGCCGGUUCCGGCGAGGCGACCGCGCGGCUCUUCGUUCUCCACGGCGCGAAGGUGGUGAUCGGCGACGUUCGCGACGAGCUCGGGCGAGCAGUGGCGUCCAGCAUUGGGGGCGAGGACGCGAUCACGUACGUGCACUGCGACGUGUCCGAGGAGGCCGACGUUGAGCGCGCCGUCGGCCUGGCGGUGGCCAAGUACGGCCGCCUCGACGUCGUUUUCAACAACGCGGGCGUGCUCGACGGAUGCCGCGGCUUCGCCGUCGCGGAGGCCGACGACUUCGACCGCGUGAUGGCGGUCAACGUUCGGGGCGUGUUCCUGGGCACCAAGCACGCCGCGCGCGCCAUGAUGGCGGCGGGCGUGCGGGGGAGCAUCAUCAACAACGGCAGCGUGGCGACGGUGGUGGCCGGCGUGGCGUCGCACGCCUACGUGGCAUCGAAGCACGCGGUGCUGGGGCUGACGCGGAGCGCGGCGGCGGAGCUCGGCCAGCACGGCAUCCGCGUCAACUGCGUGUCGCCCUUCGCCUACGCCACGUCGUUGGCCUGCGACUUCAUUCACAUGGACCAGAAACAGGUCGAGGAGUUCAUCGGCACAGUAGGCAACCUCAAGGGGGCGGUGCUGAGGGGGGACGACGUGGCACGCGCAGCCGUCUACCUGGCCAGCGACGAGUCUUGCUACGUCAGCGGACAGAACAUCAUCAUCGACGGCGGCUUUACCGCCGUCAACCACGCCUUCGGCCUCUUCAAGAACUGAGCGAUAUAUCACUCGGAUCCAGCUGGAUUCACCUUAAAUUACUAUAAAUACUAUCGGUCCGAAAAAUGAUUAUGCAGUUAAUGAGUGUAACAGCUAGUUAAUGGUUAAAAAAAUUAUCGACCAAUUGGAGAGCCGAACAAAUCCUUAAUUAACGACAAGUAACCUUCCUACCUCAAAAUUCAAGUCCUACAUAAGGUGAAACCAGUAGUGAUAGGAGAGGGGACAAAUCCUUAAUCUCUAGGACGAGCUUUUCUAUUCAUCCUCCUCUUAAUUCCUUUGUUUUAGAAUUCCACCAUUAGAAUCUUAUUUAAGAUCUGUCCAAUGUAUUCUAAUUUGUGUUAAUUCAUAUAGAUUUGAUCGUAUUAAUAUUGGAGAAAGGUGAA